AGCACAGACAGUUUUAUGGGGUUACAGUGGAAUAUGCAUUCAGCCCCUACUGGUACUUGUCUUUGGCUGCUUUUUUUUCUCUCUUUUAAUCCCAUUUGUAUUGUGUUUUCUGAUGUUUCUCACACUGCAGAAAAAGGAAAAAUACUCAGCACGGAGGGAAAUGCGAUAGGAAAAGAAGGUGUUUUGAGAAACACACAGCAGGGUUUGAGGUUUGGGGAGGCGAAAUGUACUGAUUCUAGUUUACCUCAAUGUGUAAAACUGGGAGGCAGCGAGCUUCUAGCCUUGCAAUCUGAUGGGGAUGUUGUAAUUGGAGGUUUUUUUCCUCUGCAUUAUGUUGUGUCGAAACCACAGCACAACUACAACGGCAAACCUCAAAUGGCGUCUUGCAGUGGGUGAGUGCAAGUGUACUUUCCUUCAUCAUCUGAAGAUGAUAAAUUUCACCAACCAGUUUGAUGAGAAAGUAUAUUUCGACCUGAAUGGCGAGCCAGUCCCUCGGUAUGACAUCAUUAACUGGCAGAAGGACAGCAAGGAUGAAAUGAGAUUUAUCAAAGUUGGAACAUAUGAUGGUUCAGCUCUGUAUGGACAACAGUUGCAGAUAAGGAAGAGCACUAUUGUAUGGACAAAAGGAGAGUCACAGGUUCCUUUAUCUCAGUGUAGUGCUCCAUGUCCACCUGGCAGCAGGCAGGCCACACGCCGAGGAGAGCCCAAAUGCUGCUUUGACUGUUUGCCCUGUGCAGAUGGAGAAAUCAGCAACCAGACCGGUUCCACCAAGUGCACAAAAUGUCCUGAGUACUACUGGUCAGACAAAGAGAAAGUGAAAUGUGUCGCAGGGGUAGAAGAAUUCCUCUCUUUCUAUGACACCAUGGGUAUCAUCCUUGUUGUUCUCACUCUGCUGGGUUUCAUCCUGACAACCAUCAUCACCAUUGUCUUUCACAGUUUCCGCUAUACACCCAUCGUGAAGGCCAACAACUCUGAAAUAAGCUUCUUGCUUCUCCUGUCACUCAAGCUCUGUUUCCUGUGUUCUCUGGUGUUCAUUGGUCAGCCAUCUUGGUGGACAUGUAGGCUCCGCCAGGCAGCAUUUGGGAUCAGCUUUGUCCUGUGUCUGUCCUGCCUCCUUGUUAAGACCAUUGUGGUCCUUCUGGCUUUCCGAACAAACGUACCUGGUUCCAGGGGUCGGAAGCUGUUUGGUUCAUCUCAACAGAGGAUUCUGAUCACAUGUACACUGUUUCCUCAGAUCUGUCUCUGUACUGGCUGGAUGCUGGGAGCACCUUCCUUUCCAUUCAGGAAUCCAAACUACCAACCUUCAACUGGAAAAAUUGUUGUGGAGUGUAAAGAGCCAUGGCCUCCUGGAUUUUAUCUGCUCCUUGGUUACACUGGCCUGCUGGCCUUUGUCUGCCUCCUCCUGGCAUUCCUCGGACGAAAGCUACCGGAUACAUUCAACGAAGCAAAGCUCAUCACCUUCAGCAUGCUGAUUUUCUGGGCUGUGUGGAUUUCUUUCAUCCCAGCUUAUAUCAGCUCUCCUGGGAAAUUUUCUGUGGCAGUGGAAAUAUUUGCUAUAUUAGCGUCCAGUUUUGGACUGUUACUCUGUAUUUUUGUGCCUAAAUGUUACAUCAUUUUACUGCAGCCAGAGAGAAAUAUCAAGAAAGGCGUGACUGGAAAAUAUUCAAGAUGAAUGUUUAUAUUCCGUAUAUUUUUCAUACAGAAUAUAGAUAGAAUUAAUAAAUUUAAAUAUAUUUUAAUGUGAAAGAAAAUAAAAUAGCAUGAGAUGUUUUCAUUUUCCUUGAUUGGUUUUCUCCUAUAGUUAGUUACAUAUUAUUAUAGUGAUAUAGUUAAUAUAGUAUCAAUUCAUUUAAUAAUGUUUGAAUGUAAAAGUAAAAAAUAUACCAUGAGACUUGUUUCUGUGAUU